GUCUUGGCCACAGCGUUUGGCACUGCAACCGGUCAUGUGAAUGCUGCAUUGCAUUCAGCUGCUGCAGCAGCUCAUGCAAAUUUAACAGCUGCGGCAGCUGCUGCUGCGGCUGCAGCUGGCAAUCCUGGUGGUGGUGGUGGUGGUGGUCAUGCUCAAUUGGUUACACAUCAAGGUGCAACUUAUUUAGUACAAAGUAGUCAAUUGAUGGAUGAUGAUGGAUCAGCUAUAUCGCAUACAGCAAAAGCUAGUCCUAUUACUGUAAGUCAAUAG